AGCGUGCGGCCAGGCGCGUGCGCACCGGGGCCCCCGCCCGCCAGGCCCGGGCUCGGUUGUCAUGAGAGCCGCGGUGCUGGCCCAGGCGAUGGGCGGAGGUGGCGGCGGCUACCGCUCCGAGGUACCGGUGCCGGACCGCCGGGGGCGGCGGCGGAGGAGGCGGCGGGGCCUGCGCCUGCGCUCGGCGGACGGGAGUGGCGGCUGCUGCUGCUGACCCAGCUGUACAGAAUGCCACACAAGAUUGGAUUCGUAGUCGUCAGUUCAUCGGGACACGAAGAUGGUUUCAGUGCGAAAGAAUUAAUGGUCCAUGCACCGACUGUUAAUGGGUGGAGAUCACCAAGGUUUUGCCAGUUUCCCCAAGAAAUUGUCCUUCAGAUGGUGGAGAGAUGCCGAGUUCGAAAGCUUCAGUUACUUGCUCACCAGUAUAUGAUUUCCAGUAAAAUUGAGUUCUACAUUAGCGACAGUUUGCCUGAAUACUUUGCACCAUAUCAAGCAGAGCGGUUUCGAAGGCUUGGUUAUGUGUCUCUCUGUGACAAUGAAAAGACAGGAUGUAAGGCUCGAGAACUAAAAUCGGUUUAUGUGGAUGCUGUAGGACAAUUUCUCAAGUUGAUUUUUCAUAAAAACCAUGUCAAUAGGUACAAUUUAUAUAGCCAGGUUGCUUUAGUGGCAGUUAAUAUCAUUGGGGACCCUGCAGACUGCAGUGAUGAAAGCAAUAUUAGCUCCAGAGAGAAGCUGAUUGACCAUUAUCUUGGACAGAGUUCAGACGAUUCAGGAUUAGAGGGAUCAUAUGUUGGGAAACCCGACUAUAUUUCUCCCCUGGAUGAUUUAGCCUUUGAUAUGUACCAGGAUCCAGAAGUUGCACACAUAAUCCGCAGGUUAGAUGAGAAGAAACGAGAAGCCGUCCAAAAGGAGCGGUAUGAUCACGCCAAGAAACUGAAACAAGCUAUUGCUGAUCUGCAAAAGGUUGGGGAGCGUCUUGGCAGGUAUGAUGUGGAAAAGCGCUGUGCUGUGGAGAAAGAAGACUAUGACCUGGCCAAAGAGAAGAAGCAGCAGAUGGAGCAGUACCGCAGCAAAGUGUACCAGCAGCUGCAGCUGCACAAUCUCCUCGAUUCCGAGAUGAUUCGAAAGCCUUUUGAUUUUCCCCUCGCGCCUCUGGUGCAUUCUGCCAGCCCCUGCCUGCAGAAAUCUGCACAGUCGCCACUGCACCGAGAGGAGCAAACGGGAGAAAAACCCUACGUGGAUCCGUUCCCGCCGGCCAAGACGCAGCUUCCCGCUUCUCUGAAUGUUCCCCCCACACAGCAAGCCGCUGUGGGCCAGCUGUCAGCCUCAGUUUCUCUUUCAAAGAUCAAUGUUGAUUUAUUGCCUUACGAUGAAAGACCUCUUCCAGCUGUUCUUAAGCAACAAGGAGAAACAAAUGUGGAGCCAGAGAAGGUUGAAGAAGAUGUCAGUAUGGUUCCAAAAGGCGGCAUUGCAGGAGAGCCAGAGCCCUUGACCGAGAAAGCAUUGAGAGAAGCCAGUUCUGCCAUUGAAGUGCUGGGAGAAGCUCUGGUUGCUGGAGCUUAUUCUAAGACCUGGUCAUACCGAGAAGAUGCAUUGCUCUCAUUGUAUAACAAAAUAAUGACGAUGCCUGUUGGGACAUCAAAGGAAGAUCUCAAGAACCUUCUCAGAGCCGCUAUCUUUCUGAUCAGAAGAGCCAUUAAGGACCUGGUGCCUUCAGUCUUUCAGGCAUCACUGAAAUUAUUAAAAAUGAUCAUCACCCAAUACAUUCCUAAGCAUAAGCUUGGUAAGCCAGAAACCGCCCUCUCUGUGGAGAAGACUCUUCCCAAUCUGCUGACCAGAACCGGGGAUUCUUCUGCGCGCCUCCGCAUCGUAGCAUCGAACUUUAUUCAGGAACUGGCUCUGUGUAAGGAAAUUAAGCCCCUCCAAAUUAUUCCAACUUACUUAGUUCAGCCAUUAAAACAGAAUUCUUCAACUCAUCUGGCAAUGAGUCAGACGGACUUGCUAGCGCGGUUGUUAAAAGACCUGGGGACAGAAAGCUCUGGAUUUACUGUCGAUAACGUCAUGCGGUUUUCAGUGAGUGCUCUGGAGCACAGAAUUUACGAAAUACGAGAAAUUGCUGUUAAAAUUAUUUUGGAUAUGUACAAGAAGCAUCGGACCCUAAUUCUGGAGUACCUGCCUGCUGACGAUGGCAACGCUCGCAAGAACAUUCUCUAUAAGACGCUUUUUGAGGGGUUUGCAAAGAUAGAUGGCAAAGCUGUAGCGGCGGAUAGCAGGGCUCAAAAAAAAGCAGCAACAGAACAAGCAGAAAAACAAAAGAAAGAAGAAAUAAAAGUUCUGCAGGUACAGCUGGCAGCAUUGAGAGAGAUUCAGGCAGAAGCUCAGAUCGAAAAGGACAAAGAAAGCGACACAAGAAAGGAGAAGAACCAAGAUGACCCCCAGAGGAAAGCAGUUCACCCUAAUGCUCCAGACAUUCCCGAUGAUCAUCCCUCUGUUGCAAAUUAUUUGGAUUUUCUUUGCAUCUUUUGUGGGGAAAGAGAUGACUCAUUCACAGAAGAAGGCUUGGAUCUCCAUUACUGGAAGCAUUGUCCUAUGUUGACCAGAUGUGAACACUGCAAACAGGUGGUCGAGAUAGCCAGCCUGACAGAGCACCUGCUGACAGAGUGUGACAAAAGAGACGAGUUUGGAAAGUGUCAUCGCUGCUGUGAAGCUGUCUUAAAGGAAGAGCUGCCCAAACACAUAAAAAUCAAAGCUUGCAAUCCUGCCAGAUCGGAAAAGCUUGCAAACCGAUGUCCGUUGUGCCACGAGAAUUUUACACCAGGAGAGGAGGCCUGGAAGUCUCACCUGACAGGGCCGGCGGGCUGCACGAUGAACCUGCGCAAGGCCUACUAUCUGCAGAAGACACAAGCCAUGCAGCUGGGAAAAGCAGUAGACUCAGUGAUGGCCAAAUCGGGCACUUCAGGAUCCACAUUUGGAAGCAAGAUCCCCACCCCAAAAGGAGGCCUGAAUAAAAGCAGUAGCAGGGCAUACACAAAACGGUGACAUAUGCCACGUAUUUUGUUCCCCUUGUCUCCAUAAGUGACUGAGGAAGCUUCCUGAUUCUGAACCAUUUCUUGUAAAUCAGUCUUGUGGACAUGGCCCUAUCCACUCCCUCCUUCCUGAAUUGCAGGUGGCUGUCCCUCUGCCACAAGUAGCGUCCCCUGAGUUCCGAUCCCUCAGUCAGUCCUUAUGUAGUGACACGUAUGUACUCGACCAGAGGAGCUGCAUCUCUGAUAUGGAGCGUAGAAGGCCUGUUGGCGUUCGAACCUUCCCGAUUUCUGAUCCUCUCUGGGAUGACGAAAGGAAUGCUGCUGUCUUAGAACAGAAUCAGAAGCCACUGAAGUCGAGGGCUUUAGUAGCAGCUGACCAGUAAGACAGGGAGCCAAGGAGGGGCAGGAACACAACAUCCUUUUUAGUUGCUCUCAGAAUCUUCACAGUAAAUGACAUGCUUCUUGCCAACCGAUCUCCACCAAACCUUCUUCUCUCUGUGUGGUACAACCAAAGUGAUGUUAGAUUGUCAGCACCUUGCUGCCUCUUGACCCCGGCCCGGCGUGGCAUUGCUGAGGGAGCUGUUUGCAGUCACAUUAGAGCCAUGCUUUGAACGUCUCCUGUCGUGCUUUUUUCUUUGCUGUUGCUUUGUCUGUUCACAUUCUGUCAGAUGUAGUGAGGUGGGGUGACCCAGAAGCACGUGUCUCACUGUCACAGAAAGUGAAGGUAAAGAAAAUCUCAAGGGGAAAGCGCCGAGGAGCCAGUGCUCCCCAUAACUGGGCACUUCUCCGCAAGUAGCUUUCCCCCAGGAGUGCUCUGUGGGUAGCAGAUUAUGCUGAUCCUGACUGCACAGAUGGAACAUAUUAGAACAAGCCUUGGAUCCAUAUCAUGCCCUUUUUCGGGAGGGGCUCUGAGGUCAUUACACUUGUAAAUAUUCCUUUCUUUAAAAAUAGUGAAAGUGCUUUCUGGUUGCUAUCAUGUGAUCAUCUGACUACAUGUAAAUCAAACUGAUUCUUCCUACAAAACAUUUGGUAGAAUUUGGGGCUGGAUGUAUUCUAAUCUGGCACAGAAUAUCUUCCCCCAAGUGCUUACCACAUACGCAAACAGGUAUCUAGUAUCUCUGGUGCUGAGGGAAGCACGUGCUGAUCUGGGACUGUCCUCCCAUGCCUUUGACAUCUGUACCAUCAUUCCAAAAGGAAGUUUCCCUUUUGAGAAGGAAAAAAAGCCCCUUUCUUUAAUAUACCAAAACAUUUAUUUCAAGACAUGCUGAAUAUAAGAAGGGAAAAGCUUUCAAAACUGAUGUGCUCUGAUCCAUUUGUCAGACGCAGUCCUGUGAGGAUGCCUUGGUAAAUUAGCAGAUCUCCUCUCAAUGGCUAUUGCCAGGGAUCCUUUCUUGAUAAAGGAAUAGCCGCAAAAGAGCAGCCAGUAUCUGACUAAAGUAACUUUUCUGACUGUAUGGGUAGUCUGCCUGGAGAUUUUUAUUUAAACAGCUAUUUCUUAAAUGGCCAGUCUUCUGUCUGAUAGAUUAAGAACCUGGGAAGAAGCUGUCACCAGAUCCUGUAUUACGAAUGAAGAAUCCUGCUUUUCCCUGAAAUGCUUUCAGGAGAGGCUGGCAAAAUGAAUGAAUGACAGGUGGCAGCCUGUUGGAGAUUUGUAAAUUGCUAAUUAGGAAUGACUUUAUAUACUAUGACAGCAGACACUUUUGGUUUGGUUUGCUUCUGUGAAACAAGGAAAGUCUCAUAAGCAUCAGCACAGAGGCGUUCUUUUUCUGGCUGCUUUGGUAAUUGUGAAACUUUGUUAAUCCCCGUUUUGGUAAAGUAACACCUUUUAAGAUGGACUCAUUUUAAGACUGUGAAAGUAAAAACUACCUAAUGUAGUUUAGUUACCUAAAGUAAAAAUAAGAAAUGAGGCUAAACAGUCCAUAACAAGAGCACAGCAUCAAAGUCCUUUAGUCUCAGAGAGGACAGCUGGCUUUUUCUAAUAUUUUAAAGUGCAAACAUAUAAAUUGUUCUUUAAGCUGUCUCAUCUUGGUUUGGUGAAGGAAACAUCUGCCCUUCGCCCACACAAGUUUUGCAGCUAUUCUCUGUGUGUUCAUAGUGCAAUUAAGCCGUUCCACUAUCCAAAAAGUUACUUUCUCUUUGGUGGGGAGGGACGAGGGAGAUUCAGAUGAAAGGUAAGGCAUAAGUUAAAAGCAGGCCAAUGUGUGGUGAGCUGAAGUAAAACUAUUUGCUUGUUAGGAAGGAAGGAUCGCUUGGUAAUGAUUUGAUUCCCUUGACAGCCAUGUGUCACCUCUUAGGUGUUCCUAAAGAAAUUGAGUUUUUAAAGGAGCAGAAGAAAAGUCAAGCAACCAUAACUCAUUAAGUCACUCAGAAGUAAAACAUCCAAAUUAGAAACAUUUGCUUCAUAAAUGAGUUUUCAUUCACGAAUAAGUUGUGUCUACGUCAUAAUAUCCUUUGAAGUAUGGUUCUUUCCAUGUAACGGUCUAUUCAGAGAAUUAUACCUCUGAGUUUUCUGCAACAAAGCUUUAAGGUACAGUUUUUAUGUAGCAAUUUUGAAGGUAACUUUGCUACUUUUUAAUGUCCUAAUUUUCUGUUUGUUUUUAUUUUAGGGAAAUGGUUAUAAGAUAACCAUCUCAUAAUUUUGUUUGACUAUUUAAAGAUCAAUCUCUCCCCAUGUUAAGCAUAUUUAUUUAAUAAUUGAUCACCUCAAAGUUUUAUAUUUAUAUUCUAAGAGUUUAAGAAAAUAAUUAUGUUAUUAAAAACUAAGCUUAAGUUAGACCUAUUCCAGUUGAAUAGCAUCUGUGCUAACUCAGCAGUAACACCCUAAAAAGUUCAAUGAAAAUUUCUUAGAAAGAGAAGAAAUUAGUGCUAGUGUUGUACAGAAAGUUUGACCUUCAAGUCAGCCCAGACUUUUUCUGCAGAACCUCGAAAAACUUCAGACCUUUGCUAAGGCAAGAAAUUACUGACCAAACGUACAAGCAACAUUAGCUCAAUGUUGUAUAAAGACAGUCAUUUGUUUGCAUAUGUAGGAAUUAUACUUUAUAAUACCUUAUCUUUUGCAUAAUUAAUUAUAACAUCCUUUCACCUUCAGUUGGGGGUUCUGCACCAGGGAAUAUAACUGGUCUAUUAUUCUCUUUCUGUUUUUUUAUAUAAAGAUGCAUAACUUUAUAAGAAUUGUAGUGUACAGUUUUGUUACCUUAAUAUUAGCACUGUAUAUGAUUUUAUAAUUAUGUUUUUGUUUUGAAACCAUAUUGUUUAAAUCUUUAUACAGAAAUGUAUUUUAAAUUGAUAGAUUAUAGUUAUUUAGUUGACAAAAUUUGCUUUAGAAAUGUUCUCAUGGUAUAUGUCACCCCAUCACACAUUGUGAGAGUAUGUGUAUGUAUAUAUGAGAGAGGCAGAGGCAGAGAUAGUGCUGUAUAAGGCGUAAAUUUAAAGUGAAUUUAAGCUCUUGUCCCAUUUGGUAAAGAGUCUUACCUGUAAAAGAGUUCUUGGGUGUGCUGUUCUGAAUUAGGUUUUUGGUUUUUGCAAAUGCAAUUUACUUUCAAAAAGAAAUAAAUCAAUUCAAAGAACAGGCCGUCUCCUCUUACUGGGUACCUUUAAAUCCAGGCUAUUUAGGUGUUUCUUAAGAACAUGCUUGUUCCUCGUGUGUCUUUAACACAAAUUCCACCAAAUUUGGGGGUUGGUCUCUCACUGCCUUACCGUUAAUGGCCAGGGGCAGAAAUCCUGUGAAUGGAACAAGGAGGCUGGGAAUAAUAAGCAAAAUAGAGAUAUGGUGGAAUUGCAGCACUGACUCUCCUAUGUCCUUGCCAAGAUUUUAGAUGGCCCAUCAAUGACACAGUAACUAAAGGGAACAUCUUGUGUAUACCUUCCUCUAGGACUUCAGCAGGGAAACAACUGUCUUUGAACAAUGUUGGAAAUCCCAGUGCAAAUAAAUCCUGAGUAUUAUAUGGAUUUUGAA